AUGGCCGGACCAUCCCGUAAAUCCAAGCCAGGCCGACCUUCAAAUCCAGCUCCAGAAGUUUCCGGCAGCCGAAAACGUAAAGCUCGUGAUGCUGAGGACGAGACGGAAGAUGAACCAGCAUCGAAGAAGUUUCAGCAUCUGCGAACACGCAGUCGCUACGUCUCGCGCACUGUUAUCGUCACAAAGUGGGAGGCGCCCACCCACCAGAUGCAGGAACAAAUCAAGAAUAUAUUCAAAACUGCACUGAGACCCGUGGUAGCGACCCGGCGGGACGAGCGGAAGAGGCUGGAGGCCGAGCAGGUUGUAGGGGCUAUGAUCAGGGCAAUGGAACAGCGACUGCCCAAGAUGCCCUUUCCCCCCAACACGAAAGAAACGGACUUCGAUCUGGAGAAGGUCAUAGAGCGGAAUAGAAUACUCGAAAACCAGCUCACGCCUGCGAUGCAUUCGAUCGACCUCCUGAAGGCGGCGAUUGAGAAGGAGGAGGCACAACUCGAGAGGGAUAAAGAGGUGUUGGCGGAAUUCGAGGAGAAUGCUAAAGCGGAGAAGAGGGCGCUAAAAGAUCUGGGGGUCAAGCCCCACCCUAUACUCCGAUUGCCGAAGAACUUCGAAUUAGGAGAUGAUUCCGCGGAGGAUAUUGGCCUGGUGAGACAGAAGCCCGCGAAGCAGGCGCUCUUCGACGACUCCGACCCGGAUCUUGCCCCGCUGCUCGACACACUGCGGAGCCAUCUCGAGAGCAUGCAGGGGAACCACGAGCAGGUGCAGGGUAUUGAUGCCGUGAUGCGGGAGGCGCAGGCGGCGCUGGACGAUGUGCUGUUCACGCAUGCAAGUCCACAGCAGUACGAUGCAAUGAGCAGGCCUGAUACUCAGGAGUGA